CAAAGUUCAGUCGCCGAGUAUGGAUGCCUCACAGCCGCUGGCCAAAGACAGCUCUCGCACGGUUGAACAACCGCCCAGAGUACAUAUACCUCAAUCUUCGCCUCCACUGCCUCUCGCCCCUCAUCUCAUCCCUCCUCCGGUCGACUUGAACAAUCAACAUCUGCCCACCACGACGUCCCCAAACCCCCCGCUUCCACCCCCUCCUGCCGUCAUGUCAGACGUCGCGCAGAGCCCCCGCAAGACCGUCUCCUCCGCCUCUGCAAACGCCCGCGCCCAACAGCAGCCGCAAAAGAAACCCGGAGCGCCGAAGCCAAAAGGCGCCGUCAGAGCAAAGUCUGGCUGCUAUACCUGCAGAAUUCGCCGGAAGGUACGCGUCGGGCGUUCCCCAGGGCGUUGACGCCCUCUCUGCCCCUCUCUUCGUCAUUUUAAAAGAGUUCACCGAUCGCUCACAUCGCGCGCCUCUAGAAAUGCGACGAACAACCCAACGAACAUGGCGCUUGCCAGACUUGUGUGCGCCUCCGUCUUCAAUGUCUCGGCUUCGGUGCUAAGCGGCCAGAUUGGAUGAGGGUCAGUCGACGCUUUGUGCCAUAUAGGCGCAGAAAAUUUUACUGAUGGUCUUGUGUUCAUAGGAGAACAACAGUGUUACGGAGUUGAGAGAGAAGAUCAAGACUUUCCUGGCCUCGCAGGGCAUGAUCAAAGGGCACUCUGGCUCGGGCCCACGGUCCCAGGAAGGCGAGCCGCAAAUCCUGACCCUCGUCGACAACCUCCAGCCCCAACCACCUUCAUCCCCCCCUACCCCCACACUUUCUUCGGGCUCGAACGACCAGCACCGUCAGCCGCAGGGUCCUGAGUCGUAUGUCCGCAACGCGUCCUACCAUCACCCGCCCCCUCCCUCGAUGCCGCAGGACCAGUCGCAUCAUCCAUACGCGCCGCCGCCGUCGCAGACCAGUAUGUACCCUCCUGUGUUUAUGUAUUCUACGCCCAGUAGUAAUUUCGUGCAGCCUGGUCCCAUAAUCUUCCAGAGCUGAAUGCCCCUAACCAUCCCCCUCACACUCAUGAUGCGUCUCUCGGCAGAGGUCCUCUCCUGCCCAACGACAUCUUGUAUAUGCCCUCCAACCCUAUUCCAAACCCUAAUAGUAUAGUGAACCCGAUGUCUUCUUCUGCACCUCCUCCCCCCUCGUCGUCUUGUAAGACUCCGUACCGCUAUUAGUGUAUUAUGAAUGUAUUAUGCUCAAUGCCCUCUUCGUUGGCAGGGCCGUCGUCGUAUAAUGGAUCGUUUGGCUCAAUAUCUUCUGCGUCCGCAAUGUCUGUCUCACCAACGUCUUUCACUCAAGUCCAACAGCAACCCAUGCAACAACCUGUGCAGCAGCCAAUGCAGCAACCUGCACAACACUCCAUGCAACAACAGUCCAUGCAGCAACCUAUGUCAUCCGCGCAACAGCCCGUACAGCCCGCUCUUGGGAGCAGUUUUGGUUCUUUGUAUACGGAGUCGAUCUACCAGACUGACGACGAUGCUCAGGACUCACCAAUCCAAGAUCCGAGCAACGCGCUGGCCCUCGCCUCAAGCAUUCGAACCUUUGACCCCUCGAUACCCUAUGAGCAGAAUGGCCUUGUACAGCACUACAUGUCCAACGUCCUGCCCAUCCAAUACCUCCUCUCGGACUCCUCAGUCAUCCGUAAUUUCAUCUACGACCUCAUCCGACAAAGCUCCUCUGCUCGGGAUGCGGCAUGUAUCCUGGCAGCUAUGCAUCGCGAUCGCAUGGGCAUGACUGUCACCAACACCGUGCCCGUGCCUCCACCGCAGUUCCUGAUACGCCGGCUGUUCGAGAGCUUGGCGGGCAAACAGCAGAUCAACGAAGGAGACGCCAUGGCUGGCCUGCAUGCUGUCUCGACCAUUCUCUUCAAUGGCGGCCGCGGGGCUUGGGAAGCUUUCCUCGCCGUGGCAAGCCAGUACGUCUACCAGGUGCUCAUGAAUCCGCGAUACCCUGGCCCCGAAGAGGUGCUUCGCAACUGCUCUGAGAGCACACGCUUCAUCGUGAAGACGACAAUGUGGUUCGACGUACUCGCUUCUGUGACUACGCAGCAGAUCCCCCGCUUCCUCAUGAUCUACCGCCAGCUCUUCGACCGCACCCGGCGCGCAUACAUCGAGGACGCGUCCCAUCCCGGCCCGCCCGAGCUCUCGAUGCUCCCCGUCAUGGGCUGCGAGAACAACAUCGUGCUCGCGAUCGCGGAGAUCUCGAACCUGGCGUGCUGGAAGGAGAGCCAGGUCACGCGACACUGCCUGAGCGUGCCCAAGCUCGUCGAGCGCGGCCUCGAGAUCGAGGCCAAGUACCUCACCCCGGGCGGCGCCUCGUCGCCGUCGCAGAUGCGCGUGAACGGCCUGCCGAACGGUGGGCCCUCUGCCGCGGCCGCGGCGAUGGCGAGCGCCGCGUACUUCGACCCGUCCGCGGCGGCCUACACGAACAGCGGGUACGCGUCGGGCUCAGCGUACGGCCCCGGCGCGGGCACGGCGCACGGCGCGCCAGAGGUGGAGCUGCGGCGGCGGCUGACGAACGACAUCUUCCGGGCGUCGGCGCGCGUGUACCUGCACACGGUGCUCUCGGGCGACUACCCGUCGUGCCCCGAGAUCGUCGCGGCGGUGACGGAGGUGAUCGAGUGCCUGCGGCGGGUGCCGCUCGACAAGGCCCUCGUCUCGCGGUCCGUGCUGCGGAGCGUCGUGUUCGGGAUCUGCAUCAGCGGCUGCCUGACCGACAGCCAGGACCAGCGGCGCUUCCUGAUGCACCUCCUCGACACCCAGCAGCGCGAGGCGGUCGGGAACGUCGCGGAGGUCAAGCGCCUCAUGCAGCACGUCUGGACGCGCAGGGACACCGAGGGCGGCAUCGGGCAGCCCGUGAACUGGCGGGACGUCAUGCGCGACUCGCAGCGCGAGCUCCUGCUCCUCGUUUGAGCCUUUUAUACCCCCCACGCACACACACCUUGCAGGGCGUCGGCGUGUCGUCCCCGGCUACUAUUUAACCUUUCGCCUUGGCGGUGCGUUGCCCCCACGCCGCCAGCCUCAAGCCCCCUGGCGGCCGCUCAUGAUGCCCUAGACCCACCGCCCACCCCACUGGCGCAGCAAAUUUUUUUUGACCGACGCUGACAGGUCCCUAGCGCUGUCAUGGAAAGAGAGCGCGCGCGGUCGAGAUAGAAACCUAGCGAACCUCAUAAAGAACGUCUAUGCAUACCCUCCAGUCUCUCGUCAUGUCUCCCCUGUCUGCUGCCCAUCUGCUCACAUCAUAAAACCUUUUAGGAACGAUAUGUUUUGCUUUCCCGCUUGCUUUGCUUUCCACGUCCAUUGAUACCUCCUUCAUCCCCCCUCUGCCAAAAAUACCACUCAGCAACGGUUGUACAUAAGCGCAAACUUCUCUCCGCCUUCUCGCCUCCCCGGUUCUAAUGCCUCUGUUGUACCUCUUCAUCAUCAUGGUAUCGCUGUCUAGUUGCUUCCGAUCGCUUCUACGUCGAGUUUGGAACUCUCUCUCACGUCCUGUGCUGUCUAGGAUCUUUUGAAUGUAAUCUUCACCGGGUCGUUGACCUCCUGGCUGCCGUGUCCGCUGCACGCUUCGCCGGUUCCCAGGUCUGUCAUCCUCGCCAACUCUGUUUCGCUCUCAGGGCCGUGUCUGAUUGAGCCCGCUCGCACCUGCCGUCGCCGGUGGCGAGCCUAGGAGGACGGCGGACGCAAGUUGGAUGAGCCGCGAUGGUGAAGCACCUCGGACUCGAGGACGCAGGAUCCUUCCGUGCGCACCAGUGGGCCGCCUCGAACCUUCCUAUCCCA